GAAGAGAGAAAUGCAACAGAAAGAGGAACAGAAGAAGAGAGAAAUGCAACAGAAAGAGGAACAGAAAGAGAGAGAAGAACAAGAGCGAGAAAGGGAAGCGAAGGAGAAGCAAGAACCGAAGCAAGAGCCACACGCAGAGAAGCCCAAGAGAGAACACCACAAGAAGGACGACCAACCCCACCACCCCAGACAGCAACAACAACAACAACAACAACAACAGCAGCAACAGCAACAGCCACCACCACAGCAGCGACACCACCACCAGCGUCUGCGGCACAAGGACCGCCACGCGCAGCACGGCAAGGAGAAGCAGGCGCCGCAGGAGACAGAGCCGCACGCACAGCAGGAGAAGGAACAGCCGGUGCCGCAGGUUAAGGAGCAGCAGGUACAGCAGGCGAAGGAGAAGGAGAAGCAGGCGCCGCAGGGCAAGGAACACCCGCCGCGGCCCAAGGAGCACCCGCAGGCGAAGGAGCGACAAGCUCGGGUCAAGGAGGAGGACCGAGGGGGAGGCACGGACUCUCCUCCUCCUACUCCUCCUUCUCAGGCGAAGGAGGCGAGGAGGAAGGAGGAGUCGCCGCCGAAGCAGCAGCAGUCUGAUCCCCCGCCGCAGGCACAGCAGGCGGCGCAGGCCGAGCCCCAGCAGGAAGGGAAGAAGCAGGCGGUCCCCCUGCACGCGAGGAGACACCUGCACCGCCACGCGAGCGAGGACGCCCCUCAGGACGUCGUGGUCGUGAAGAGGGCGGCGCACGUGCACAUCCGGAAGGCGCCGUCGCAGCUGGAGAUCCGCGAGCAGCUCCAGCGCAUGGACGGGAGGCUCCACAAGCAGAUCAAGGAGCAGACGCCCCACGUGGUCAUCGAGAGGCUCCCGCGCCCCAAGGAGGAGCAGCUCCUGCAGAGGACCAAGCAACACCAGCUGCAGAAGGCCAGGGCGCAGAGGGAGCAGAAGGAGCAGCGGGAGCAACAGCAGGCUGCAGCGAAGGCUCAGUCCGAAGACUCCCACGAGAAGAAAGAACCGCAGGCGCCGCCGCAGAAGGAGCAGGAGAGGGACCCGCCGCUUCAGGAGAAGAAGCAGUUUUCCCAAGCAGAAGGAGAGCAGCAGUCCGCGCAGUCGAAAAGAGACCUGAAGAAGGAGCAGCAGCAGGAGGAGGCGGAGGAACAGCAGCAACAGACAACCGCUACGAAGCAGCCACUGGAGUCCCCGAAGGACGAAGAGACUCCGAGGCUGAGGAAGGACGCGCAGCAGAAGGAGUACCAGCCGCUGCCCCAGGAGAAGGAGGAGGCGCCGCAGUGGAAGGAGGAGACUCCGCCCAAGAAGGAGUCCCAGCAGGCGAAGGACGAGUCCCUCCAGCAGGAGAACCAGUCGCCGCUGGAGCAGGAGGCGCACCGGAACCUCAAAUCAGGUACGUCGUCGGGUCGUGGGCGUGAUCUGUGUCGGCGAAAAGCGGGGUGAAGUUUAAGCAGUUAGUGUGUCUGUAUGCGUGGGCGUGUUUCGUGGGGUGUUGGCCUUCUUUUUUGGCAGUUUUUUUUCCUUCUUGAAAAUACUCGUAUUCGUAUCUGGUGUCCUGGUAUUUGUCCCAAAAGAUGAUCUCUUUUUAGGGUGGGUUUGCGUUUCCAAAUUCACUCUGUUAAGUUCAUAGAUUUGUUUAUCCAGUCGAUCGGGGAUGUGUCUUUUUUU